AUCUGACUCCAUCUUCCCAUCACCACAGGCAACUAUAUAGGCCGGUGAGACGGAGCCACUUCAGGGAACCGUUCCCUUCAUGGAAUAUCAUCUCGCAAGGUCACCCAACCUUGUUAUUAAAUAAUCCCGUGAGUGAGCACGCAAAAAAAAAAGAGGAAGAUGACAUCCACCGCAGAUCGACUGGCCCAACAGCAGCAGAGAGCAGAGGGCAUCGGUACCAACCAGCAAGCAGUGAAGUUUUGUGAUCAGGACUAUGAGUCCCUCCGGGAGCAAUGUCUGAGCAGCGGACGUCUGUUUGAGGAUGACUGCUUCAAGCCUGAGAGCAAAUCACUGGGCUACAAUGAGCUGGGACCAUACUCGUCCAAGACAAGAGGCAUUGUUUGGAAGAGACCCACGGAGUUGUGUCCCGACCCAAAGUUUAUUGACGAUGGGGCCACCAGGACGGAUAUUUGUCAAGGAAUUUUGGGAGAUUGCUGGCUCCUGGCUGCCAUUGCUUCCUUGACUCUCGACCAACGAAUCCUACAGCGUGUGGUGCCGCCUGGACAGAGCUUCACUGAGGAUUAUGCUGGAAUAUUUCACUUUCAGUUCUGGCAGUAUGGUGAGUGGGUGGAUGUCGUGAUAGACGAUCGUUUACCCACCAAAGAUGGGAAGCUGCUGUUUGUUCAUUCAGCGGAGGGCUCGGAGUUCUGGAGCGCUUUGCUGGAGAAAGCUUACGCCAAGGUGACCGGCUGCUACGAGGCUCUGUCUGGAGGAAACACCAUCGAGGGGUUUGAGGAUUUCACUGGAGGAAUUGCUGAAAUUUACACCUUAAACGAGGCUCCACCGGAGCUCUUCAAAAUCAUCCGGAAAGCCCUGAGUCUGGGCUCACUGAUGGGCUGCUCUAUUGAUAUCACCAGUGCCUAUGAGACAGAGGCAGUGACAGCUCUGAAGCUUGUAAAGGGACAUGCAUACUCUGUUACUGGUGCAGAGGAGGUUAACUAUCGUGGCAGUGCUGUUGAACUGGUCCGCAUCAGAAACCCAUGGGGACAAGUGGAAUGGACAGGUCCUUGGAGUGACGGAUCCUCUGAGUGGAAGUACAUCAAUGAGGAGGACAAAUCAAAGCUGAACAACGUGGCUGAAGAUGGAGAGUUCUGGAUGUCCUACUCAGACUUCAUCAAGCACUUCUCCAGGCUGGAGAUCUGCAACCUGACCCCGGACACGCUGGAAAGCGAUGAAGUCGGCCACUGGAACCACUACCAGUUCGAAGGGAUGUGGAGGGUGGGAUCCACUGCUGGCGGCUGCAGAAACCAUGCAGCCACGUUCUCAUCCAACCCUCAGUUUGUUGUGCGUCUGGAGGACGUGGACGACGAUCCUCUGGACGGGGAGGAUGGAUGCACCUUCCUGGUGGGACUGAUGCAAAAGGAUGGGCGGCAGAAGAGGAGGCUUAACCGCGACCUGGAGCCAAUCGGCUUCGCCAUCUAUGAGGUCCCAGAUCAGUACAAAGGCCGCAGCAGCGUCCACCUCGGCCCGGACGUGCUGCUGCGUCAGAAGGCCGUGGCCAUGAGCAGCACCUUCAUCAACACCCGUGAAGUGUGCGAACGCUUCAGACUCCCUCCCGGAGAAUACGCCAUCAUUCCCUCCACCUUUCAUCCCUACAAGAACGGCAGCUUUCUUCUCAGGGUCUUCUCAGAGAAGGAGGCCAAUACCGGUCGACUGGAGGAGAAGAUCGAUGCUAAAAUAGAGGAGGUGGAGGUGUCUGAAAGUGACAUUGAUCCUCAAUUCAAGAAAAUCUUCAAGGAAAUUGCUGGCAGCGACAUGGAGGUAUCCGUCUUUGAGCUGGUUGACAUUUUGAACAACAUUGUCUCAAGCCGCUCUGACAUCAAGACAAAUGGAUUCAGCAUCGAAACAGGGCGUCUCAUAGUCAGUCUGCUGGAUAAAGAUGAAAGUGCCAAGUUGGGGUUGAAGGAAUUCCAUGUUCUCUGGAACAAACUUCAGAAAUACCUGGAGAUCUUCAUGAGCCACGACACAGACAACUCGGGUACGAUGAGCUCCAUGGAAAUGAGAGCAGCCGCAACCAAAGCAGGGUUUCAUGUCAACGGCGCUGUGCUCCAGGCCAUCGUCAAUCGCUAUGCAGACGCCCAGUAUGCAAUAGACUUUGACAACUUUGUGGGCUGUCUUAUUAAGCUGGAAAUGCUCUUCAAAAUGUUUAAGGCCCUGGAGAAAGGAGACUCAGGGAAGAUUGAGCUGACCUUGCAACAGUGGAUGUGCCUGGCAAUCUAUUAGCCCUGAGGACAACA